GAGCUGAAUAAUUCAUCAGAUGGCUGGACUGUCCUUUUAUUCUCUCAGUAACUGCAUUCUGCAUGUCCUUCUUGUAUAUUAUUGUCAGUCUCGGUUGAUUGGUCCAAAUCAGCCAAUUACUGCAACAGCUGGAGAAGACAUAACUUUGCAAUGUCACCUGGUACCUGGAGAAAAUGUUGCUUCGAUGACUUUGGAGUGGACAAGACCUGACCUGGACCCCAGAUUUGUGUUUCUGUGGCGUGCAGGCCAGGACCUCAUAAAUAUGAAAAACCCCUCCUACAUAGGUCGAUCAUCAUUGUUCACUGAUGAGCUGAAACAUGGAAACAUUUCACUGAAACUGUGCAAAGUAAAACCUGCAGAUGAGGGCAGAUACAGAUGUCACAUCCCAGAAAAGAAUGAAGAAGCUUUUAUUGAGCUUGUGGUUGCAUCGAGUGCUGUCUCCUCACCUGUCAUCAGCUUAGAAGGGAUUGACAGAGACAAGACAGGAGUGAUGUUAGAGUGUAAAUCUGAAGGUUGGCACCCAGAGCCUGAGCUGCUGUGGUUGGACGGUGAGGGAAACCUCCUCUCUGCUGGACCUACAGAGACCCUCAGAGGGCCUGAUGACCUCUAUACUGUCAGCAGCAGAGUGACUGUGGAGAAGAGACACAGCAACAACAUCACCUGCAGAGUCCAACAGAAGCAAAUCAGCAAGAGCAGAGAGACACACAUACAUGUUCCAGAUGAAUUCUUCAUGUUCACAUCCAGUUCUGCUGUUCCCCUCAUCAUUGGUUUGGUUGUUAGUUUGGCUGUAAGCAUCAUCUUAAAUUUAAUUGGAGUCUUUUUCAUCUGGAGACAAAUCAAAACAA